AUGGUGGCCAAUGGCAGAGACAAUGCGCUUCCACUACUUCGUUCUGCUGCAGCGGCGUCCAUCUUCGCUACUCUCGAUCCUGCCUCCGCGGCAGUAAAAGGUGUUCUUCCUGAAUCCGCAUUCCAGACUUUGAGUCGGUCGCUAACCGCGGAGAGCAACGAUGUCUCGACCAAGACCUCCACUGUCACCGCAGAUGACGAACAGAGGGCGAUCAGCAUAAAGUCGAUCCCUGGUCUCCAGUCGAUCAAGAAAAUCCCAGGCAUCGACAAACUUAAGAAGAUUCCAAACCUGUUCAAGUCGAAAAUCACACCAGAUACGUACUUUAGAUGGGCCAAGAAAGGAAAAACCCCGGAGUACGUCUUCGGGAAGAUCAAACUCGACAAGGCCGGGAACAAACUCUUUGAUAACUCGGACUUUAACGUGUGGGUCGCUUACACGCGCAUGGUUGUGAAAGACGACCCGGACCGUGCAAUCUUCACCUUUUUGUCGGGGAAGUACGACAAGGGAGACCUGAUGAAGAUGGCUGGAGUGGCGGCAAAGCCAGACACUGCGGAUGAUAUCGCAUCCAAACUGGUGAAGAUGCAGAUAGACGAGUGGAAGGUGAAAGACACGCCAAUUGACGAUGCCUUUAAGGCAUUAAAGCUAAACACGGAAAAGGUGGACGACCUCCUGACAGCCCCAAAUCUCAAGACGUGGUUGGAAUAUGUUAGCGUGGCGAACGCAAACACUGGUACAAAAACACCUAUGAUCUCCACUUUUAGAGCUCACUUCGAGGACCGAGAGUUGCUCAGGGUGUUCAAGGCGGCUCAGGCCAGUCCAGACAAGAAACUACAGAGAAUGGGUAACAACUUGGAAGCCUCGCUGGUUAACAUGUAUCGUCUGAGGAAGACUACUUAA